ACUUGAACUUGUUCACGUCUGAUUAGCAGAACCGAGCUGGACCGAUGGCGGAUGAUGCGGAGGCGCCGGCGGCGAAGCGGCUGGCCCGCGCGGGCAGCUUCUCGGGCGUGUGGUGGAAGCUCGGCGACCCCGCCGGGGACCCGGCCGCGGUGGAGCGCCGGCUGCGCGCCGUCGCCGACGAGGAGGCAGCCGUCCGUGCCCGCAUUAGCAGGCGCCACGCCGGCGCCCGCGGCGUCUGGCGCGGCAUCGCCGUCGCCUCCCUCGCCAUCCAGGUGGUGGCGUUGGUGCACUCCUACUGGACGGCGAGGCGGCGGCGCGUGGCCGGCUGGAGCAGGAAGCUGCUGCUCCUGCUGGCUACUCCCCUGCUCGCCGUGCCGGCCUCGGCCGCCGUCGUCUUGGCCGCCUUCGCCAGGCUCCAGAAGAUGUUUGACGCGCGAGACGAGCAGCGGCUGAGGGCGCUGGUGGCGGAGCGCAAGGCCAAGAUCGGGCAGUUCAGGGGCAGCCACCACAACAUGCACAAGCUCCUCGAGGUCUCCACCAAGUACGAUCCAGAUGCUGCUGCUGUUACGACUGCCAGUUCCGACCAGCCGGUGGCCGCUGCCGCCGGGAGGAUCAAGCGGAGCCACUCGCGGCUGAGCUUCCACAUCGGAGACGACUGACUCAACCUCCACCAACCUUCUCCGCAUCAUCCACGGCGACGACGACAUCAUCGAUCAUGCGUGGAACAUUUGUCUUCACCGUCCGUCACUACUGUAAAUCUCUCCCAUCAUAGUCAGGCCUGCGGAUUACUAGCAUAAUACGUGAAAAAACACAUUGGUUGGUUGGUUGUACCCUUGGGCUUUUGAAUUGGGACACUUUUUUACGAUUCAA